GAUGGGUUCAUCGGGUUCAUGUAGUAUUGGUCGCCUCCUCCCUUUCAGGUUGGCUGCGUCCCUGGAUCCUUCCCUCAAAAACACUGCUGCGAGGCGAGGAGGUGAUGGGAAAUGUGGAUUUGAAGUGAAUCCAGCGAGUGUCUUCUUCAAACACGAGCGUGACCUUAUUCUGAGGACACGGAGCCCGGAUCAGCUGAUGGCUCUGAACUAGCUGCCCGGUAUCUUCGGGUCAUUCGAGGCGUCAGCGGGAACUUGGUGUGCAGCUCCAGCCGCUGGAGUUGCGUGUGAAAGACGCCCCCUCCGGGAUGGAGGGAUCGCGGUGAGUCUCAGUGAUGAUGAUGAUGGCUGAUGGAUGUUGCAGAGGGAUGGAGAGAGGCAGGGGGAAACUCGCGCCGGACUCCAGAGGCCCCUAUCCUCAACAGUAUGUGGGGCCCCCGCAGCAGCAGCAGCAGCCAGCGGGCGCUGACAUCCAGGAGCUGGCGUCCAAGCGCGUCGACAUCCAGAAGAAGCGCUUCUACCUGGACGUGAAGCAGAGCGUCCGCGGCCGUUUCCUGAAAAUCGCCGAGGUCUGGAUCGGACGCGGCCGCCACGACAACAUCAGGAAGAGCAAGUUGACGCUGUCCAUGGCGAUGGCGCCCGCCCUCCGCUACUGCCUGGGGGACUUCAUCGAUUACUACGCUCGGAUCGGACUCCGGGGGGGCGCGCACUCCGCCGCGCUCCCUGAGCCGGGCACAAACGGCCAGGCCCGGACUGACCCGCGCAGGAGAGCGCCUGAGCCGCUCUCGCCCACCGGCUCCGCCGCGUCCGACGACCACUCUCACCGCGUCCUCAAGAGCGAGUUCAUCGAGCGGGACAACAGGAAGUACUUCCUGGACCUGAAGGAGAACCAGAGAGGACGGUUCCUGCGCAUCCGGCAGACGGUCAGCAAGGGUCACGGCACCAUGGGCUACUACGGCCAAGGCAUCGAGCAGACCAUCGUGCUUCCCGCGCAGGGGCUCAUCGAAUUCCGCGACGCGCUCUCGCAGCUCAUCGACGACUACGGAGACGACGACGGCGACGAGCGCGGCCGAACCGGCGCCAGGAACCACGACGACAGUCCCGAACUGCCGGAGGCGGCGUCAUUCCGAGUGGACAACAAGAGGUUCUACUUUGACGUGGGAUCCAACAGGUACGGCGUGUUUCUGAAGAUCAGCGAAGUCCGGCAGCCGUACAGGAACACCAUCACGGUGCCGCUCAAAGCCUGGGCCCGGUUUGGCGAGAACUUCAUCCGCUACGAGGAGGAGAUGAGGCGGAUUUUCUCGUGCCACAAAGAGAAGCGGACAGACGCUCGCGAGGACAGCGAGGAGCCGGAGGACUGACGCGCUCCGCCACCUGUGUCAUCAGUCAAGGGCUGGACCAACCCGCCAAGAAUCCAUUCAUUGAUUCACCCCCCGAACUUUGCACCAUCCCACCCCCCCCCCUUUCCCAAAGUGAGUAUUGAAACGAUAGUUGGCUAAACGAUGUUUGGAGUCCAAAACCGUGCUUAUUUACCGCAAAAUCCGUCUGCAGCGAACAACACGGUACACUCUCUAUUAAAAGACAUGUCCUUCUUGAACCUGUCACACAAGGGCUGCUCAAUAAUCUCUGAUAACCAAGAUUUCACUCAAUAAUGCUGUGUCACCGCUGAAGCAUUUUCAGUCAAGAUUCUGAUGAACUAGUCUAGGGCAGCAUUAAAUCAAGUGUCAUUUAUGUUAGCAGUGAAAACAGGAGAAAGAAAUGGUGAAUAUUGUGCAAAGUAAUAAAAAAAAAAAUCGGACUGACUGGCAGUUCUUAGCUGGAUGAGAAAUAACAUUCUGGUUAAAAUGCAAAAUUUUGUUUUGGUGACUUUAUUUUGCAGCCCUUGCCUUCUACUCUGUAAAUACAAAAGCAGUUGCACAUACUGCAGUGGCUAAAAGGGAAGUUGUCGUGACCCAGUUAUUUUGUAAAUGGCCAUAAUACCUCAUGAACGUACGCAGCAUACUCAAUCGGACAUACCUCGGCACAUUACUGCUUCCUGAUAGAUAAACCUCGCCAUCGUUUAGUGUUGUGCUAUCAGAUUCUGUUGAACUGUUGCGCCGGCAAACAAAGUAAAUGUCAUGUUCCAAAGUACAGAAAACUAUGAGUAUUCAUCUUCAUAUUUUAUGUGAUAAUCAGUACUUCUAUCAUCCAUCAGAAAUGAUGUUAUUCAUGGGAGAGUCAAGUCAUCACCCACAUUGAUUGAUGGAAGUUUGGGGGUGCAUUUUUAAUUUUUAUACUUUCUAUUUAUUCCAUUAGUUACUGUACAGGUCGUAUGAAGAAGCGUUACCUUGAGUCUUAAAACUCACGACACACAGUAGCAUUCUUCUGUCCGGUGAAAUCCUCGGACAUGAUUAACAAUAUAGCUGUAUUUAUUGUACGGCACUUCAAGUCAACAUUCUUGUAUUUAAGACGGCACACGGAGAGAAAUACAGGAAGCACUCGUCAUCACAAUGGGUGACGUGUGAGUUUGUUUUUUUGACAUUACCAGACAAACUAGCUUGAAAGGCAGUGCAAGUUGCAACCCAUUUACAGGCCACGUUUCAAAGUUUUUGCUUUUAAAUAUAUUCCCCAGAUGUUGUUGGUUGCCUACGAUGGAUGAUUCAGACAUUUCUCACCAUCCGUCAAAUGACAUAACUGCAGAUGCUGUAUUGAUGCUGAUGUGUAGAAAUGCCUUUCUAAUUGUAGAUACUUGAAGUUUUGAGAAUUGUAUUUCAGUUACAUGCAGCAUUUAACACUUAUUUCCCCAUGUCGUCCCAAAGUUGCUGUAUGUGUAGGAUAUUUUUUUUUCUAAGAUUUCAUGGUGCUAUGUAAAUAUAUAUUCACAAUUGUGCUCUGGUAUGUUGACACACAAGUAAAGGAGGGAUCGUUCUGCCUGGUUCCGCCGUGCCAUCGUGACCCGAGGAUCCUCUGGAAAGCUGAGUGGUAGCAUAGAAAGGGCUGCUCAUACAGGGCUUCAGACUUUCUUUGUUCAAGUGUGUUGGCUUCACAGAGCCGUCUAUUUACCUACAGAUGAUGGACUCAUCUCUAAAAUGUUUCUGACUCUAAAGUCCCUAAAAUCCAAGUGCUGCUUAUCCACUUGAGCUUAAGUAGCAGUUUUCUGUACGUGGAGCUCUGCAGUUGGUGUACUGUACUAGAAGAUGUGAGCAUGGAGACGAGUGGUCGAGGGCCUGAUUUGGACUUCCAGAUAUUUGUUUGUGGUCGUACUAUGCAGUCUUUUAAAAAAAAAAACGUCAUUCCAACCUUUAAGAGGAAUAUGGAGUUUUAAAACAAUUACUGUUAGUUAAAAUGGUCACAUUUCCUGAAUCUAACAAUGUUUAGGUUCAUGUGCCGCACCCUGAAGUGCUCAAGUUGGAUUUGAACUGAAACAAUAUAUGUCACAUCAGAAAAGACAUGUUGGCCCAAAGUGUGUGUGUGUGUGUGUGUGGGUGCAUAUGGGUGUGUGUCUGCGGAGCGGUGUGUACUGAAUUAGGUUUAAUGAUUGAUCAUCAUCUUGUGCAAUUUAGAAAAUGCGAGCUUUGUGGUGGCAUUUGUACAGCAUGAAGAGCACAGCUGGAAAUAGUGUCGGAUCAAACUCAGACAUUUUAUUUUUGGUAACUAACUGAAUGAAGCAACAUUAAUUUGAAUUCUAAGCACAAAUUCAUACAAAUUAUACAGUCCUGGCAAGACUUACUCAACUUAGUUUGCAAAAUAAAUACCAAAUUCCACAGCAUCUUCCUAUUAUUACUACAACAAAAGCACUUUAUGUCGGCCGCACUUUUGUUCUGCUGCUCUGUACUCAGUUGACAUAGAGGCACCAGCUCUAUAUCCACUGUAUGACAAUCAUAAAUCCCCUAUUCAUUAAAUUCUGCAUUUGAACAAUUGAACAUGUUCUGCAUGUGAGUUUUUCAAAUGGAAAACAGCACAGAAAGUGAAAAAGUGAAGUUCAAUCUGCAACUUCAGGAAACGUAACGUUUUAGGCCACAGAAAAAUCCAAACUUUUGCGUGACUAAUAAGUAACAUUUUGAACUGAACUCAAUCUUUGUGCAAUAUACAGUAAUUUGAGAGUGCUUUGUUAUGAUUGGCUUCGGGAAUAUGUUUGUUUUUUACGCGCUUUUAAAACUAGUAUUUCAUUGUUUCAUGGUUUGCCUCAGACGCUCUCUGAAGAACCAAAUGAUAGAGAAGGAUUUUCAUUUAAUGCAGGAAAGAAAGUGAACACCACAGUAGUUAAUAUUAAAGUGCAAAUAUACAAUUCAUUACUUAAAAUAUAAAUGGAAUUUCUGCUCCCCUGAGGACCAAAGGUUCAUAGUAUUGUUUUAUACAUGUAAAAAUAGAAAUAUUAGUCAGGUUAUUACUAAUAUUAGCUAAUAAUUGGUUUGUGUAACGUGUGGUGUUUUGAGACUGUGAUAGUUUUAUGGGUGUGAUUGUUUUUUUUUGCCUUCUAUUUAUUUUUAACGUGGGUGGAGGAUGGAUUGCUCAUUUGAGUAUUAGCGUUUUUGCUAUCAACGAAUGGUGUGUUGGGGGAGUUUUUAUCAACUUUAUGUGAUAAAUAUUGACAUGUUUUGCAGUUUUUGACAUAGUCACUUGAAGAAGCAGAAAGAAAGGGAUGUUCAGGAGUCUUCAGUGAGAACAAACCUUUACCCAGGUGGAGGUCAUUUUCAGUCUCAGUCGCAAGUUGGACUUGUUGCAUUUGGUGGCGGCCCGUGCCUUCCUUGUCACCAACUCUUGUCAUGCCUAGUAUUUCGUGAGUUAGCAGUAACUGUUUUGUGAUUCAACAGCAUUGUUUAUUUUUGCAUAUUUUUCCACGUUAUCAGCCUUCAGAAAAGUACAAUCUGGGCGGAACCGGUCAGUAUAUUAGUGUGGCCUGGUUUGGGAAUAUUCAUGCUGACAGAAGAGAUUACUGUUAGGAAUGGAUUUUAAAUAGGCAUCAUGCUAAGCUAUUUGGGUUUGCUAAAUCAAUCGACAGACGACCGUGUGUGUCUCCUCCAUCCUCCCUAUCUGAUAUGAAAAAUUCAAUGGGGUGGUCUAGAAUUAAUCAAUACUUUAAGUAAAGGUUCAUUAUUUUCAUAUACAUAUAUAUAUAUAUAUAUAUAUAUAUAUAUAUAUAUAUAUAUAUGUGUGUGUGUGUGUGUGUAGACACUGUUGUGCAAAGAUACAUGAUGUGUUUCACUUGGCAUGAGAUGAAAAAUGUAUAUUAGGCAUCCUAGCAUAGUAUUUGAAGUUGUCCAUACUAUAUGCUACAUGAUGAUGUGGAUUCGUAGGUGAAUGAGAGGAGACAGUCGGUCUUCUUGUCUAAAAGGCGAUCUGGACUGUUAAAAGUGUUUCAACCCCGACGCCUUAACGCACCUUAACAACUUGACUGUAUCUUUGCUUAUUUCCACAUGCUCUGCGUCAGUAAAUCAGACUGAUGACGCUGUGUAGGGCCAAAUGCGAAAAUAGUUCUCAUGGAGGAUUUCAACAGCUGAGGGUUGAUAAAGUGUAUGUGUAUAUUUUAUGUGCUUGUGCAGGUCAUGUGAAUGUUUGCUUCGAGAAGACACACUGGUUACCCUCUAAGUAGGAGCCAAAACCUGAGGUGAAGCGUGGGAAAUUCCUGAAAAGUCAGACAGAAGAGGUGUAUAUUUAGAUAGAUGUAGUCAGUGUGUCUAAUGGUCCUGUAGAAUAAGACUAAAAAACAUGGAUGUUUUGUAAUCUAGCACUUUCUUUACUGUGUACUGUAUCAGUUCAUCUUUCACAUGUAAAGUACUGUAUCAAGUGAUCAUUGCUGGCCUUGCUAUGUUUAGAAAAGAGACAGCAACAUUUUCAAGAGUGUGUGCAUGCCAUGGUUGGGUCCCAGUUUAAUAGGAACACGAUAAAAAUGGUGCUAUGUAAUAUUAUAUCAAGGUGCUCUCUCAUGGACCCCAACUGAAUGCAUGCAGAGGAAUGUCAAAAGUAGGCUCAAAAAAAGAGAUAACUGAUGUCAUACUGCUGUUUUCGAACACUGCUGCUUCCCAAAGAUGUCGAGUGUUUCAUUAUACAUAUUUCUGUUGAGUAACCUGGCAGACGUUUCAGUCAUUGAGGAAUGCUUGUAUGUGUCAGCAUUUUUAAACAAACACCAGAAGGGGUUUUUGGGAAGUAGCAUUUUCCACCUCACGAUGUCCCCCAUUGUUUUUCUGAGUAUCUAGAAGUUUAUCAUCAGUGUCAACAAGUGUCAGUGCAGACUGUCAUGAUCUGCUUUUACAGAUGAUGUGAAUAAAUAUCACGUCUAUUUAAAGUUACUCUGCAGUGAUCCAUUGACAAUCUACAGACAUUGUUACGCCCUCUCUCUUUUGACAGAUGUUUAUGUGUUUCAUGUAGCAGAACUACAUCAACUCGAGCAUAUAUAUAUAUAUAAAUAAAUAUAUAUAAAUAAAUAUAUAUACAGUGGGAAGUUUAGUGAGUUAAAAAAAGAAGUUAUAUGGAUGAACAGGUUUUCUUGAAAUGUAAUUGUUAACUGGUUGUACUGAUCAUCUUUCUUUUUUAUGUUAAUCAUUAAAUGUUUUACAAGA